GUUCUUUGUUUACCCUUUUAGUCCCAACGAUGGGUGACCACGCGCAUGGACGCGGCCACCCGACACUUUCAACAGAUAACUUAGAAAUUCGAGAAGAAGGCUAAAGAAAUUGGUGCUUAGAGACAAAAGGAAACAUAAAGAACAAUUUUGCCCUCGGAGGUGAUCAAGAGUGUUUUUUUCUAGAUAGUGUAUUGCUUUAAAACGGAAAACAAGGACUUAAUUUCAAAACAAAAGAAUCUGAGCAUUGGUUGUAGAAUGAAAAACGGAACUGUUACAAUAUUUUACAGGAUCUUUCAUAUUUAAUAGGAUUUUUAAAAGAAAGUAUUUCAAAAUUAAUUCUGAAAAACGAUGACAGCAUCUUUCGUCGGACCACGUUCAUCAACACCCAAACUCUCGCAGGCGCCAAAUCGAGCUCUUCCGAAGGUUCCGAAAGCCUCAGCUACUGAACCAAAGAAGCUCAACAAACAUGGGAGAGUGCUUCCUCUGAUUCCUGUCACACAACCUCACGAUGGUCCAAAACCGUCAAGAUCACUUCCGAGGGUACCAGGCCCCAUCACAAUCAAAAGUCCUCCGGGGACCUCCGGGUCUGGAUCGUCUAACAAGAGCAACAAUUCGAAUCCGGCUAUUCCGACAGUUCCGAAAACCACCCGGCAGCUUCCGAGGAUACCGAAAGUGAAUAAGGUGCAAAACAAGAGGAGUGAACUAGACAGAAAGAAGUACAUGCACUCUAUUUACCGAUCAGAGGGAGACGUCCAUCUGAGAAAAGGAGAACUUGAUAAAGCUCUGGAGUCAUAUCAUGGUGCGUUGAAGUUGAUCCCGGAUGACAAAUCUACCUUGGUUGCAAGGUCACGAUGUCACCAAUUGCUAGGUCGACACCGGAAGGCAAUGCAGGAUGUGGAGUCAGCCCUGAAUUUAGACCCGCUGUUUUACGAGGCUUUAUAUCAGAAGGCGGAGUUACAUUACCACCUGAGAGAGUAUGAAAUGGCUCUUGUAUUCUACAGCAAGGGAUCCAAACAGCGACCUGACAUGAAGGCUUUCCAAGAAGGACUGGCGAAAACGCAGGAUGCCAUCAACCGAUCAGAUUCUGCUCGAAAUCGGAGAUUAGCGAAGGCAGGGGAUAUGUCGUUCUUCCUACCGAAAAGGAAGAGGGAUACAAAACGAAGGACAAAUUUAAUUCCAGAGCCCCAAGAUAAACAUCCACGUGAUGUAGCAUCUCCGGGCUUCCGAUUACGUCAACAAAAUCCACUGGUCAAGAUCGAGAAGGGAUCUCGAGACUCAUUGGUUACGGUUGGUGUCCCAGAAGUAGAGAUGGCAACUGACGACGUUACAGAGAAAAGGAUGAAACAGAUUCUGGGCAGAAUGUACAAUGACAAGAAAUAUCUUGAACAAUUGGUAGAACAAGCAGGCGGUUUGACUGCUGGCUCUGUUGACCUUCAUUCUAUGGCGGAGAAUGGACUAGACUUCUUGUACGACCGUGUGCUGUACUGGGUAAGACAGGGAAGGAUCAUUCCUCCGGAAGCUCCAUCCAAUCCAACAGCAGAGAAAUCAUCUCACCAUGAAAGCCAUAGUAUGCUGCCAAACAUCACGUCCCCAAGGUCAGAUUCCAGCCGGGGUACCAAAACUAGUAAUAAGCCCAUACUGACCAGAAAACAACUGCUACUAAAUGAGGACAAGGCCCAGCCAAAGUCAUGGUUCCGUUACCUUGAAAGGAAAAAACAAGCAGAACUCUCUUCCAGAAAGAACAACCAAACACGUUUUCUCCACGUUUUGGAGGGCCAAAGGUUACAGCUGAAAGAGAAUCUGGAGAAUCGGAAACCUCUUACACCACUCAAACCGAAUAAACCCCCGAUAAAGGAGAAGAAGUUGAAGAAAACUGGACGAAAAUCGAAAGAGAGAGAUAAGGAUCACAAUGCUUCUGAUACCGAUUCUGGCCUCAAUAUCAGUUUCAGUACUUACCGACAGCCGAGCGACCUAUAUCGUGAUCAUUCUUUAGAGGACACUAGUACCUUCUACCCCAUCAAGGAAGAAUCUCCCCUUCCACUUAAGGUUGUUCCUUUCCACAACUCAAGACUGCCGGGGUUUUCCAAGAAAGACAGAAGUUCACAGGAAGCUGCCAAGAGGGAACAAAUCCAGAUUUACAUUGCCAAGGAGUUGGAGGAAAUUGAAAUUGCAUAUGUGGAGGGUCGUCACUCUGAUUGUAUUAAUCAAGCAGAGGCCUGUCUGAACACUUUGAAAUCGUUUACGGAGAUCCAAGUGCCUAAUAUCAUGUCGGUAGUCGCCAAACUACACAGCUACAUUGGUAAUGCUGCCAUAGAAGUCCGCGAUUAUCUGACAGCCCUGGACCAUCACGAGAGAGACUUGGUGAUUGGAGAGGAGUAUAACGACGAUGAUGCUGUUUCUAGAGCACUUGGAAACUUGGGAAGAAUAUUCGUUUUUCAGAAUAAACAUCAGCAGGCUCUGGAACUGUUCUCAAGAAAAGUUCCUUUAUGCAAAACAAGACUGGAAACCGCAUGGUUGUACCAUGAGAUCGGCAACUGUUUUCUUGUUCUUGGACAAUACAAGUUUGCGAUGGAGGCCGCUCAUCGUUCACUAAAGGCCGCAGAGGAGGCGGUAGAAUGGAGCUAUCAGCUUCAGUCCCUCGUGCUUCUGGGUGUAGCAGAAGUUAAAUUGAAAAAUUACACCAAUGCCAUCAAGACAUUCGAACGAGCUCGGGAGCAAGCACGAAUGCAAGGAGACAACAAGGCUGAGGAAGCCAUUACGGAAGCAUUAAAUGAUGUCAAUGCCAAGAUCAUGGAUGAAUUGAAAACCGCACGUGGAGAUCACAGCAGAUCAGAGCGCGGUUUCCCAAGAUCUCGUGCAGAAUUCUCAGACAAGAUGUCGUACAAUCCCAGAUCACGUGCUGAAUGGUCGGACUAUUCAAGUAUCUUUAUCCCCGAUGAUGAUGGUGAUGUGUCACUUACCGAAACCGGAUACGACACAGACAAUUUGCAUCUCGAUCUCGAUCAGUUAAGAGGUGAUCUCGAAACCUCACUGUUUGGCUCUCAAGCAGGUCUGCGAACAGAUAGAUUUUCAACAAAAUUACCUACAUCCGACGUCCGAAAGUCUAUGAUGAAUCUUCAUCUUAUGCAAUCACCUGGGCAUGUUCCCAACCCUAGCUCAUCCACAUACAUUCGCAGUAAUACUGCUAUGGGUUAAGGGGAUAAUGAACGUUUCCUUACAUUUUACUGUGAUAUUUUCGUUUUCAGCAUUCAUUUACAUGUACAAUUGUGUCCCACUUCCGUGAAAAAAGGUCAUCCAUGUUGAUAUUAAUUUAUUAGAUCUAGAUGUGAUAAUUUAGCACGUGUUACACACUCUGUUCGACUUUAAUGCUCUCUGUUUGUGUCAAGAACAGUCCACGAGUGAUGUUACAUACAAUCAUGUCUUUCCCUGCUUGAUCGGAUGGAAUAAUAAUCGAUUCUGUACAACACAGAUUCGAUGGUGUUAGUCACGGGAACGAGUCUUUAAUGUACAGCGUGCCCGUCUGUGAUCAAGCACGUACCGUGUCUCCUUCAAGAUGUGUUGUGGUGCUAUAGAUCUUUAAAUGUUUGUUUAUAUCGUGUAUGUCAUUGUAAAUUGGAUUGGAACUGGUCUCGCAUUUUAUUUUCGGAGACCAUUCGAAACAAUCCGGAUUUUAUAUUAUAUUUUUCUGCAUUACAUAAGAACGUGGUUUUCAUUCGCUAUUUCACUUUUUCGCGCUCAAACACUUUCCAUAAAUUGGAAUUUUAUUUUUCAAAAACUAACAAUGAAAAUAAUCAGUUUCUCUCAUGUAAUUGACACGAUUUCUCUCCUUUAAUUGACACAGUUUCUCGUAAUUGACAUUUUUAUCAGACAUAGUCAUUAUACAAAAAUCUGACAUAAUAAUAUUCAUUACAUUAACUAGUAAUGGCAAUACACACAUUUCAAGCAAAUCGAAAUAGCUUCAUGUAACAUUAACCACAUUAAUGUCGCAUAUCGUCGCCAUAUUCAUAGAAAUGCGGGCUUUUCUUCAUAAAUUCUGCGUGGAAUUUCGUUUCGUUUUCUGAAAAGCACGCAUUUUUUUCAUGCAUGGCAUGUUGUGUAAAUUACAGUGCACAUCCUCUUGUACACCUCAUUUCUACGCAAUAUUUCACAAUCCAGAAACAAACACGUCAAGUUUAUAUAUACUGUUUUUCGCGUUUAUGUGAUUUCGUUGACUGGGACUGAUAAAACAAUCCAUUGUAUCGUCUCAGCGAAUUAAUUUUCGAUGUAUAUGUAACUUGAUCUGUAUUGUGUAUUCGUUUAGUCGAGUUUACAAUGUAACAAUAUGCAUAUGUGUACAAAUAUAUAUACUUCCAACCAGUAAAGAUUUACAGAAA